AUGCAGCGCGACGGGGAUGCGGCGGCGGCGGCGGCGGCUGCGGCCUCGUACCGGGUGCUCAGCCGGCUGCUGGGCUAUGGCUCCGGGCCGGAGGCGGGCGCGGCGGGCGGCGCCGGUGCCGGUGCCGGCGCGGCGGGCGCGAUGCCCGGAGCGGGCGGGCGGCUGUCGGUGCCGGGCGGGCCGCGGCCGCAGCUGAUGGUUUUCCGCAACGCGGCGGCCGAGGGGCGGCCCGGCGAGGACGGCGGCCCGGCGGCGGCGGCGGCGGCGGCGGGUUGGGGGGCGGCGCAGGGGGGGCUGGAGCUGCAGCUGGCGGCGCUGGGGCUGCGGCCGCCGCCGGGGCUGGGGGCCAAGGGGGCGGCGGGACCCCCCUGCCCGUGCCUGGGGCCGCCCGCCGGCGAGGAGACCAGCGAUGCGCUGCUGGUGCUGGAGGCGCUGGAGCCCGACGAGGCGGGCAGCGGCUCCGAGGAGGAGCCGGGGUCCCCCGGGCGCGGGGCCGCCCGCAGAGCAGCCCCCGGCCCCGCACCGCCACCCGCAGCCCCCGCGGGCACCGCCACCGGCCCCGGGACCGGCAGGAAGGGCUCGCUCAGGAUCCGCCUCAGCCGCCUCUUCCGCACCAAGAGCUGCAGCGGGGGCUCGGCCGCCGGGGAUGCCGCCAGCGCCGCCGCCACCUCGGCCGGGAGCCUCACCGAUGUGUGCGGGGCCCGCGGACGGGAGCAGGAGACGGGCAGGAAACACAGACUGACAAGAACUCAAAGUGCCUUUUCCCCGGUUGUGUUCAGCCCCCUCUUCACAGGUGAAACGGUGUCACUGGUGGACGUGGACAUUUCCCAGCGAGGACUGAGCUCCCCUCACCCUCCAACUCCUCCCCCUCCGCCCCGGAGGAGCCUCAGCCUGCUCGAUGAUAUCAGUGGGACGCUGCCUCCAUCUGUCCUAGUGGGGCCAAUGGGCUCUUCCCUGCAGUCUUUCCCUCUGCCUCCGCCUCCUCCGCCCCACGCCCCAGACGCCUUUCCCAGGAUCGUCCCGGUGCGGCCCCCGGAGGGGGUGGCCCAGCCCAUCCCACACCUGCAGUGCCCCCUCUCCCGACCCGACUCCAGCAGCUUCGCCGCCAGCCUGAGGGAGCUGGAGAAGUGUGGGUGGUACUGGGGCCCCAUGAACUGGGAGGACGCCGAGAUGAAGCUGAAGGGGAAACCUGACGGGUCCUUCCUGGUGCGGGACAGCUCCGACCCCCGGUACAUCCUGAGCCUGAGCUUCAGGUCCCAGGGCAUCACCCACCACACCAGGAUGGAGCACUACAGAGGCACCUUCAGCCUGUGGUGCCACCCCAAGUUCGAGGACCGCUGCCAGUCCGUGGUGGAGUUCAUCAAGAGGGCCAUCAUGCACUCCAAAAACGGGAAGUUCCUCUACUUCCUGCGCUCCAGGGUCCCAGGUCUCCCCCCAACGCCAGUCCAGCUCCUGUAUCCCGUCUCCAGGUUCAGCAACGUCAAAUCCCUUCAGCACCUUUGCCGCUUCCGGAUCCGGCAGCUGGUCCGGAUCGACCACAUUCCCGAGCUCCCGCUGCCCAAGCCCCUCAUCUCCUACAUCCGCAAGUUCUACUACUACGACCCGCAGGAGGAGGUUUACCUGUCCCUGAAGGAGGCCCAGCUCAUCUCCAAACAGACCCAGGAGCCGGAAUCCUCCACGUAGCGGAGCUGCCUCGCCCGUGCUCCCGGCACUGAUGGAAUUUGGUUGUUGCCAUCCCGCAGCCCGAGCCAGGCCGUGGUGGGAAGGAGCCCCCCCCUCACCUGCUGCUGGGGGGGGCCACUCCUGCUCUGCAGCUCUUUUGUACAGAGAAGAGGGGCCAAGAUUCCCAAGAAGCCCAGCAGAGCAGGAUCCAGAGCCUUGGCUCCUGGGAAAAGGCGUCUCGGAGGCAGCCGAGCCCGGCCCCGGCCUCCUGGCAGAACAAGGAAUGUCAUGGCACUAUUUACAAGUUUGGGAAAGUUUUUUUUUUUAUUAUUAUUAUUUUUAUCUUUUGAUGUCGUUUAGUCUUUCAUUUUCAGCAUGAGAAGAAGUGACUGCGUGGUGGCCCUGCCUUGGAAAAACCUCGAGGUGGGCAGGGCUGGAGGGACGAGGGGACUCUCUGGGAAGAUCCAUCUGCUCCAAGGGCAUCGUGGGCAAAGA